AUGAGCAAUGCAUUAUUUAAGUUAAGAAAAUCAUCUGUCAAAUAUUUACAAAAUUAUCAAUAUCAUUUUACAAGGAAUAUAAGCAAUAAUUUUGGCUAUAAAAUCCUUUUUUUUAAAAAAUCUUUUUUUACAAAUACUGUAAGCAAUAAUCUUAACAAGAAUAAGAUAGUUUUAAAUAAUAUAUUAUAUAAAAAACGUAAUUUAAAUAAACCUACAGAGACAAUGUGUAGCUAUCAAAACCAAGAAAAAAAACAUGAACAUGUUAAUAUAACUGGCGAUAAGUUUCGAAAUAGUGAACAGGUACACGUAGAAAAUGGAAUAAAUGAAAAAAGUUAUGAUUAUGAUUACAUAGUUAUUGGAGGAGGACCUGGAGGAAUGGCUUCAGCUAAAGAAGCUGCAGCAAAUGGUGCGAAAGUUUUAUUAUUUGAUUUUGUUAAACCAAGUAUCCAAGGAACAAAAUGGGGUAUUGGAGGAACGUGUGUAAAUGUUGGAUGUGUUCCUAAAAAAUUAAUGCACUAUGCAGGAAAUAUGGGAUGUUUAUUUAACUUAGAUUCAAAUGAGUAUGGAUGGAAAUUUGAUAAUUUAAAACAUGAUUGGAACAAAUUAGUUACUACUGUUCAGUCUCAUAUACGCUCAUUAAACUUUAGUUAUAUGACUAGUUUAAGAUCUGCAAAAGUUAAAUAUAUAAAUGGAUUAGCUAAAUUAAAAAAUGAAAACACAGUAUCAUACUAUUUAAAAGGAGACCUUUCAAAAGAAGAAACUGUUACAGGAAAAUAUAUUUUAAUUGCAACUGGAUGUAGACCUUAUAUUCCAGAAGAUGUUGAAGGAGCAAAAGAAUUGAGCAUUACAUCAGAUGAUAUUUUUUCAUUAAAAAGAGAUCCAGGAAAAACAUUAGUGGUUGGUGCAUCUUAUGUAGCUUUAGAAUGUGCAGGAUUUCUUAAUUCUUUAGGAUAUGACGUAAGUGUCUCAGUACGUUCUAUAGUUUUGAGGGGUUUCGAUCAGCAAUGUGCAAACAAAGUUAAAACAUACAUGGAAGAACAGGGAGUUGUAUUUUUAAAUGUAUUACCAAAGAAGUUAACAAAACAGAACGAAAAAAUAUUAGUGGAAUUUAGUAACCAAACUAAAGAAUUAUAUGAUACCGUCUUAUAUGCCACUGGAAGAAAAGGUGAUACAAAACAUUUGAAUUUAGAAGGGAUAAACAUCAAUAUAAAUAAAAAUAAUAAUAAAAUUAUUGCAAAUAAUUUUAGUUGUACAAAUAUACCUAAUAUAUUUGCUGUUGGGGAUGUUGUUGAAAAUAUUCCAGAAUUAGCUCCUGUAGCUAUAAAAGCAGGAGAAAUCUUAGCUAGACGUUUAUUUAAGCAGUCCGAUGAAAUAAUGGAUUAUUCAUAUAUUCCAACAUCUAUUUAUACCCCCAUUGAAUAUGGUUCAUGUGGAUAUUCAGAAGAAAAAGCAUACGAAAUAUUCGGUAAAUCAAAUGUUGAAGUGUUUUUACAAGAAUUCAAUAAUUUAGAAAUAUCAGCUGUUCAUAGAAAAAAGCACUCUAAAGUUAGAAAAGACGAAUAUGAUAUAGAUAUAUCUAGUACAUGUUUUGCUAAGCUUGUUUGUCUAAAAAAUGAAGAUAAUAGAGUUAUAGGGUUCCAUUAUGUUGGUCCUAAUGCAGGUGAAGUAACGCAAGGAAUGGCAUUGGCUUUAAAAUUAAAAGCCAAAAAAAAAGAUUUUGAUAAUUGCAUUGGUAUACACCCAACAGAUGCUGAAUCUUUUAUGAAUUUACAUAUUACUUUAUCAUCUGGAUUAUCUUAUGCAGCCAAAGGUGGAUGUGGUGGUGGAAAAUGUGGUUAA